AUGAUUUCAACAAUUUAAAAAUCAAAAUUAGUCUGUGAACGUACAAAUGCAGUGCAGUUGUUCGUGAUUAAAAUUGAAAUUUGAUUUUUACUGAAAUUUGUAAAAUAAUCUAGUUAACUUAGUUAUAUCUCAAACAAAACUAGAAUUUACUUUGAUUUUUUAAUCAUAUUAACUAUUUUUGGAAUUGCAGUAUAUUCUGAUUCGUGUCCCGUCAAAUUUUUUUGGGAUUUCUGAAAUCAAAGUGACAAAGUGGGUAGUUUUUGUAUGCUUUUAAAGUAAAUAUUUAAAAAAUAUUGUGUUACGAAAGGGUCAUGUCGCAGUUUAUUAAAUAGGAGGCAAAUAAAACACCGGUGGUCAAACUGCUCACAUCGAAUUCUAAGGAACAACAUGGAGUCCUUCAAAAGAAAAAAUCGCCCUGCUCACCCCAGAGCUUCAGCAAAUCCAUUGUCAGCCUUAACUUUCACUUGGACCUUGCCAGUAUUUUGGAGCAGUUUGAAAAAGGAAUUGGAAGAGCAAGAUUUGUAUGAGCCCUUAGAUGAACAUUCCUCAGGUCCACUCGGUGAUAAAUUCGCUCGCCUAUGGGAGGAGGAGGUUGCCAAGGCUGGCAAUAAACGGAAACCCAGCUUACUCCGCGUCAUACUUAAGGCAUACGCUGCUAGGUGCAUGCUCUACGGAUUCAUAUUGUUGAUCAUGGAAUGCGUGAUAAAAAUCCAACAGCCAAGAUUGGUAGGACUUUUCGUUGCUUAUUUUUGUCAAGAUGAUCGUGGUAAUAUGCCCACCAACCGUUUGUCUAAAUUUGACGAGAACACAUCUGGAACGAUAGCUCAGCCAAUAUUUCUUGGUUGGCUGGUGGAAUAUUACAGCCCCGACAGUAAAAUGACGCCCUCGGACGCAUAUCUCUGCGCUGCGGCAGUCGUAGUAUGCUCAGCUCUUAAUGUAUUCGUCAUGCAUCCAUAUAUGAUGGCCAUAUUACACAUGGGAAUGAAGUUCAGGGUCGCUUGCUGCUCGCUCAUCUACAGAAAGUCUCUGCGAUUAUCCAAGACCGCUCUCGGCGAGACGACAAUCGGUCAAGUCGUCAACCUGUUGUCGAACGAUGUGAAUCGUUUCGACGUCGCGGUGAUAUUCAUCCACUAUCUAUGGAUCGGGCCGCUGGUCACCGUGAUCAUCACAUACUUUAUGUGGCUGGAGAUCAACUGGGCCGCGGUGGUCGGAGUAGCUUUCAUGCUGGCAUUCAUACCGCUGCAAGCUUACUUGGGAAAGAAGACUUCGGUUUUGAGACUAAAAACGGCAUUAAGGACCGACGAACGUGUCCGACUUAUGAAUGAAAUUCUAUCCGGUAUUCAAGUCAUCAAGAUGUACACUUGGGAGAAACCUUUCGCUGACCUCGUCGCCAAAGCUAGGAAACACGAAAUAAAACAAAUCCGAGCGACGUCUUAUAUCCGAGGAGUGCUCACUUCGUUCAUAAUGUUCACGACGCGCAGUUGCUUAUUCUGUUCGAUACUGGCGUACGUGCUGGUGAACAAUGUGAUCACCGCCAAACAAGUGUUCGUUAUAACGAGCUUCUACAGUAUAUUGAGGCAGUCCAUGACCGUGUUCUUUCCGCAAGGUAUUGCUCAAGUAGCUGAAGCUUUGAUAUCCAUAAAACGGCUUCAGAGCUUCAUGUUAUACGAAGACACAAACAAACCCGUUCCCGGACUGGCCGAGAUACAAACCUCAACGAAACCCAAGGAGGUGACAAAGGAUUCUCUGUUGCCCGCCAGCGAUGAGUUGGAUGUGAAAAAGGAUGAUUCGAAAUUGACAGCCACCGGUGAUAGUUCCACAGAAACCAAAGAAGCCAAGGGUAAUGGAAACGUGAACUUAGCCCCCAUAGAGGCGAGCGAAGAGGACGAACAAGAACUAUCGGCUCGCGUCGAAGAGGACUCCCGCGGCGUGAGACUCAAGCACGCCACCGCCAAAUGGAUACAGUCUCAUCCGGAAAACACUCUCACCGAUCUUUCUCUCACCAUAAAACCGGGGAAGUUAAUAGCAGUAAUAGGCCCAGUCGGAGCGGGCAAGUCGUCCCUGUUGCACGUGUUGCUACGGGAGUUGCCGCUCGCGUCGGGAAGCGUCCACGUCGGCGGAACCGUGUCCUACGCGAGCCAGGAGCCUUGGCUCUUUGCGGGGAGCGUCCGUCAGAAUAUAUUGUUCGGUCAGCCGAUGGAUCGUCCCCGGUACAACACGGUGGUGCGGCGGUGCGCGCUCGACCGCGACUUCGCGCUUUUCCCGCACGGAGACAAGACCGUCGUCGGCGAACGUGGCGUCAGUCUCAGUGGAGGUCAACGCGCCCGUAUAUCUCUGGCUCGCGCGGUGUACAAGCGCGCCGACAUAUACUUGCUGGACGACCCGCUGUCCGCCGUCGACGCGCACGUCGGUCGGCACUUGUUCGAGUCGUGCGUGGUCGGCUACCUGCGGAACUCAACGCGGAUACUCGUCACGCAUCAGCUGCAGUUCCUCAGGGACGUCGAUCAGAUAAUAAUAUUGAAAAAUGGCACAAUAGCGGCGGCCGGUAACUUCGAUACUUUGAGCGCGUCUGGUCUUGAUUUUGCGACAUUGUUGGCUCGGGAUCAGCACGAGGAAGAGAAACCGACCGAGGCCGCGGUCCUCACCGACACCGAGGAUAAUAACUCGGUUCUCCACGGAAGCUUUAGGAAACGACAACUGAGUAUUCAUUCCGUGAGCUCGGUGGACAACCUGACGGCGACGGCGCCCCCGGAAGGCACCCGCGAGGAGGCGGAGAUGAAGUCUGCGGGCGCGGUGUCGGGGCGCGUGUACGGCGCCUACCUGCGAGCCUGCGGUAACGCAUUCGUGAUCACAUUGAUGCUGCUUGUCGCCGUCUUGGCGCAACUACUCGGUUCUGCCUCCGAUUGGUGGACCAGCUUCUGGGUAAAGUUAGAAGAGAAAAAUUACGCAUCUCAUACGUUGCGCACUUUCGAUGAUCGAAAUGAGACGGGAAGUUUACAAGCCGCGGACCCUAGAGUCGAUAAUGCGAUCUUCUCUGACGUCGGCCUGUCUCGCUAUGAUUGCAUUUAUAUUUACACUGGUAUCGUAGCGGCUCUGGUAGCGGUCACGUUGCUGCGUUCGUUUAUGUUCUUCUGGAUAGCGAUGCGCGCCUCGACCCGCCUGCACAACAACAUGUUCGCGGCCAUCACCCGCGCCCCCAUGCGCUUCUUCCACGUCAACCCCUCGGGCCGGAUCCUCAACCGCUUCUCCAAGGACAUGGGCGCUGUCGAUGAAGUGCUGCCCUCUGCCGUUAUUGAUGUCCUACAAAUUGGUCUGUCGCUGAUCGGUAUCGUGGUCGUGGUGGCGAUAGUGAACUACUGGCUUCUGGUGCCGACGGUGGCGAUCGGCGUCAUCUUCUACGGGCUCCGCAUAUUCUACCUGGCCACGUCGCGGAACAUCAAACGCCUCGAGGGUGUGACUCGGAGUCCCGUGUUCUCGCACCUCAACGCUUCGUUGCAAGGUAUCACCACUAUCAGAGCGUUCGGCGCUCAAGAGGCUCUCAUCAGGGAAUUCGACAAUCAUCAGGAUCUGCACAGCUCAGCUUGGUACAUGUUCAUCGCGAGCUCAAGAGCGUUCGGUUUCUGGCUGGACCUGGUGUGCGUUGUGUACAUCGCGGUGGUCACUAUGAGCUUCCUCGUGCUCGGCAAUGAGAAGUACGGAGGGGACGUCGGCCUGGCCAUAACGCAGGCGAUGGGUCUGACCGGCAUGUUCCAGUGGGGCAUGCGGCAGUCCACUGAACUGGAGAACCAAAUGACUAGUGUCGAGAGGAUCGACGAAUAUUCGAACAUAGAAUCGGAGCCCCCGCUCCAGUCGGAGGGCGACAAGAAGCCUCCCCCCUCGUGGCCGGAGGCGGGCGGCGUGCAGUUCCGCCAUGUACAUCUGUACUACGCGCCCGGCGAGCCCGCCGUGCUCCGGGACUUGUCCUUCAUCAUCCUACCCAAAGAGAAGGUCGGCAUCGUCGGCAGGACCGGCGCCGGGAAAUCUUCUCUUAUCAAUGCUUUGUUCAGGCUUGCGACAAUAGAAGGCGAGAUCAUAAUCGAUAAUCGAGAGACUUCUUCGAUGGGCCUGCAUGAGCUCCGUAGUCAGAUCUCGAUAAUUCCUCAAGAGCCAGUUCUGUUUUCGGGCACCAUGAGACACAAUCUGGAUCCCUUCGAUGAAUAUCCCGACCAAGUAUUGUGGAGGGCCUUGGAAGAGGUUGAGCUGAAGGAAGUAGUGCAGGAGCUCCCGGCCGGUCUGAACUCUCGCAUGUCGGAGGGCGGCGGGAACUUCUCCGUGGGGCAGCGGCAGCUCGUGUGCCUCGCGCGGGCCAUCGUCAGGCGCAACCGCCUGCUCGUGCUGGACGAGGCCACCGCCAACGUCGACCCGCAAACCGAUGCCCUCAUACAAACGACAAUUAGAAACAAAUUCGCAGAAUGCACAGUACUCACGAUUGCUCACAGACUUCACACCGUCAUGGAUUCUGAUAAGGUUCUCGUGAUGGACGCUGGUCAAAUGGUGGAGUUUGAUCAUCCGCACGUGCUGCUGCAGAAACACGAGGGCGUCCUGCGCGGCAUGGUCGAGCAGACCGGCAAGGCCAUGGCCGACACGCUUGCGCGGGUCGCGCAACAGGUACGUAGCGUCCGGGGCCCGGUGGGUUUUUUUUUGUUAUUGCUUAAAUGGGAGGACGAGCUAACAGCCCACCUGGUGUUAAGUGGUUACUGGAGCCCAUGGACAUCUACAACGUAAAUGCGCCACCCACCUUGAGAUAUAAGUUCUAAGAUCUCAGUAUAGUUACAACGGCUGCCCCACCCUUCAAACCGAAACGCAUUACUGCUUCACGGCAGAAAUAGACAGAGUGGUGGUACCUCCCGCGCGGACUCACAUGAUGUCCUACCACCAGUAAUUACGCAAAUUAUAGUUUGCGGGUUUCCCUUUUAUUACACGAUGUUAUUCCUACACCGUGGAAGUCAAUCGUGAACAUUUGUUGAGUACGUAAUUCAUUAGGAAACUCCGGUGCAUCGCUCAACACGAAUGCACCGGACGUCUUAUCUCUUAGGCCACGACGACUUCAUAACGUGGGUAACAGGCGCGGUGCACUCGUGGUUGAAGAAUAGCAUGGCCUAGUCAAAUGACUAACAAACGUAGGCAGCGGCUCGGCUCUGCCCCUGGCAUUGCUGAAGUUCAUGGGCGACGGUAACCACUCACCAUCAGGUGGCCCGUGUGCUCGUCUGCCUACAAGGGCAAUAAAAAAAAAUGAGAUUCGCUAAAAAUUUAAUUUGCGUAGGGUAUGACGUGUGAUCGGUGGUGAGAAUACAUAACUAAACAUCACCGCGUUCUCCUAUGACUAUUUCCCGGGCGGCCGUUACGCAAUACAAUCUUGAUUUCGGCCGCAUUCUAUGGGGUUUCGGCUUAACACUAGACGGGUCGUGAGAUCAUACACAUAAUAAAGCACAACAGCCAAUUAAAUUAAAUUAAUUGAAUCUGUUAAUUUAUUCUGAAUAUAUGUAUUGUAUCUCAAAAAAAAUUCUUAUUAUUUUUUAUUUCUGAGAAUGCAAUUUUACAAAUAAUUUUUUGUUACAGGCUUACGAGAAAAAAAAUUUAGGGAGUGCGACAGAAUGAUCUAGUUAAACAUGAAUGUAGGCUACGAAUUACUUAAAAUACGUGUUAUUAAUGUUCCUAUGAGGGAUGUACAAAAGGAUCUGUUUUAUUCCGUAAGUGUGUAGGCUGCCCGCCGAUACGUCACGCUUAUGUCACAAAUGUAUUCGUUAUUUAUAUGGUAGGAACUAUUUGUAAGAAUAGGUUUUUGUUGAUUAUUGCGUGUUUGUAAAACAAGUGAGAUUUCCAUUGGAUGGUUACCAAAAUUGAUCUUUAUGUUAGAGUAGUUAAAAGGAAAUUUUGACUGCAAUACCAAAUCCUUAUCGAAUAUUUUCUUAAUUUAAAUUUACUACAAUGUAAACAGUGUCUUAAUUAGUUUUUUUGUUUGUUUGAAGAAAUCAAAGCUUUACCGUAUUAUUAUAUACAAAAGGUGCUACAAUUUUACUUGUAGACUUGAACGAGGCCUAUUAUAAUAGGUUUAGCGUGUACUUACAUUAAUUAUAUAAAUAACGGGAAAAAAAAAAGGAAACGUUACUUAUUAACACUGUAAGUGUCUUUGAUGAUAAAUAAUAUUUUAAGUAUCUAAUUUUAUUCAGUGAUAUGUAUUGUACUUAUGUCGAUGUGGUUAUGGAUUUGAUAAAAUUAUAUUCAACAUACAAUUUUUAUUCUGAUAAUAUACCGAUGUUUGUAGAAAUUGAAAAUGUUUGUUGAUUAAUACAACAAAAUAAAAUUUUAGAUUGUA